AUGUCUUUUGUGGUUGACCAGGUGCGCCGGAUUGACAGCCAGCUAGAUCGGCUACAGUUGUCAACUACACGGCCAGGCGAGAGCUUCUCCAUAACCGCCGAGGAGGCACAUGACCCAGAAAAGGCGGCGCGAAUCACGCAAUUGCAGGCGCUGAUUAAGAAUCUGUCGACCACGUCGUCUUCGAAGUCCUCCCUCGUCUCCGCAAAUAGGAUCAACGCGAUCCUCGACCAGGCACAAAUCUCGAAUAACUGCGCCACCUGUUCCCAGUUCUUUGAGCAGGAGGAUCCAGAUGGCUUUCAGCAUGUGCAGACGUCGUAUGAACAUGAAUUGGAGUGGUUGUUGCUGAGUAAGGCUGCCACACAAGCUUACGGCGAGGUCCUGAAUAUCAUCCUGGAGCAGACGAUUCCGUUGGAGGACGAUAUCUGGUAUUGGGACGAUAUUCUUAGUACAUAUCGGUAUGCUGGGCUAUACUCCAUGCAAACUUCUCCGAUACGGCUGUGGAAAUGGUGGCAGGAAAUCUACCAUGACGUACGGUCCAGAGGAGUUGGCUUAGCAGACGGCUGGAGGCAAUUCUAUGGGAUUGUUAGAGAUGCCGCACGGGAACGAUCGAUAAUGGAAAUCCAGCGUCGGGUUGUGUCGCCUCUUGCGCUGGUCCGGAAUGAAGGGAGACGAAAGCGCGCAGCAUUGAAGCGGAUACGGCUGAUCAAUGCGAAUGCGUUAGGCAUACUUUUGGGCGAAGGCCUUAGCAAUGAAAGUUUCCACGAAGAAGGGCUUCAAACUCCAGGCACGUUUGGGACACAAGACAAUCGCCAUCGAUGGAAGACUACUGUUGCGAAGAGCAUUGCUCUCAUGGAUGCUGUUGUCCAGAACGUGAGAGACGUUGAUCUGUCCGUCGACAAGUUCGAUGAUGCUGUGGCCGCUUUUACACAAGAUGACCAAUAUUACGAACUGCAUGAGCCUUCGGGAGAACGGACCGCAACAUCCCUGAGACCUGCUGAUGUAUCACAACGCCUUCAAAAUCUACUUACGGUCGGGUUGUCCAGUUACUCCUCGAGUUUCAAUUCGGUUGUCAAGGAGAACGGCCGGCCGUCGCCUCUCAUCCGCUACUGGCUACCUGCGUCUAUCCUCCUCAUAUCCUCAACCACGAUCCUCCGCAUCGUGGCUCACCGAAAGGAGGAGAUUCUCUCGUGGAUACGGGGGUUUGGCACCACAGUAAUCGACUUCUGGACGAAUUGGGUUGUGGAGCCCUCGAAGAAAGUCAUCGGCACUAUCCGUCACGAUGAAGGCAGCGAGGUCGCGAUUCUUAGCAAGCGCAGCCUUGAGGGAGAUCGCGCGAGUCUUGAACGUAUGGUCGUUGACUUUGCAGUCGCAAAUCCAGAUGGGCCCUCACUCAAUGAAAGCCAGAUCGCUGAUAUCCGAGCCAAAGUAAGAGAAGGUGAUCUCACGCCGGUUUUGAGGGUAUACGAAAAGGAUCUUGAGAGACCUGUAAUGGGUGCCAUCCGAGGAAAUCUCAUUAGCGCUCUCUUGAUCCAAAUCCAAAAGACGAAGGUAGAUGUUGAGGUUGCCAUGAGUGGCAUUGACUCUAUUCUGAAGAGUCAAGAACUUCUCUUUGGAUUCAUUGGCUUGACUCCUGGGGUUCUUGUCAGCAUCGGUGUCUACAGAUGGCUCGGCGGUCUUUUCAGCAACCGAACUAGCGUGCAGAAGUGGGCAAGACAAGGGCAGCUUCUGCUGAUAUUGAGAAACAUCGAUCGCAUUCUAGUAGCAGCCACACCAACGGAGUUUGGAGAGAUAUCAUACAGAGACCAUGGUCUUUUACUAUGCGAAGUUCAUCUCCUGCGACAGGCAGCAAGUGGGGUUCUUCCUCGAAGGAUAUUUCACGACUUCUUGCGAGAAAUCGAUGAGCUUGUAGAUGUACGGUCGGGACUGGAGCGACAGCAAAAAGUCGUAGAUCGCAUUCGAUGGGCUGAAGACUCGUUCACACCGUCUUUUAUCACGACAAUCGGCAUCGACUUCAAGAUCCGGACCAUCGAGCUCGAUGGUAAGCGUGUCAAGCUGCAGAUAUGGGAUACCGCGGGCCAAGAACGCUUCCGAACUAUCACGACGGCAUACUAUCGGGGCGCUAUGGGCAUCUUGCUUGUGUAUGAUGUUACGGAUGAGAGGAGCUUUAAUAAUAUCCGCACAUGGUUCUCCAACGUCGAACAACACGCCACCGAAGGCGUCAACAAGAUCCUAAUCGGCAACAAAUGCGACUGGGAAGAGAAGCGCGCAGUCUCGACGGAACGUGGCCAGGCCCUUGCCGAUGAACUCGGGAUCCCCUUCCUAGAAGUCUCGGCCAAGAGCAACAUCAAUGUUGAUAAGGCGUUUUAUAGCCUCGCGGCUGAUAUCAAGAAGAGGUUGAUUGAUAGCGCGAGAAAUGAGGGUCCGGCGAAUACCGGGGUUAAUGUAGGGGAGUCGAGUGGAGGAGCAGGUGGGAUGGGUGGAAAGUGCUGUUAG